UGUUAAAUAUAAACAAAAUGGAAUGGAAAGAACUGACUAAUAUACCAGACAGUGUCACUAAUAGAUGGAGUCAUUCUCUCUCAGUUUGGAAUGAGACACAAACCACUCACUGGAUAAUUUUGUUUGGAGGAUAUAAAGGUGCUUCAAGUGUCAGUGAUACAAGAUUUAUUGAAAUCAUAUCUAGUACUGGUGAUUUGGUAGUACAGUCAGUACUGGACAUUAAUGAAUAUCAAAAGAGAACAGUACUAGAAAGAAUUGAAAAAGCUAAUAUAAAAGAUCGUCCUGUUUCAAUUGAAGACAAGAAGCCACUAAUGAGUGAUCUUCGGUGGUUGUUUGACAGUUCUGCUGCCCAUUACAUGAUCAUUGGUUCUGCACUUGAUGUUAAAGUGAAUGACCUGUUGCCUACUCCAGGAGCUGCUACUCAUAACCUCAUACUAGUGUUUCAGAGGUGGAUAGAGUCCAAUAAAGGAGUGACCUGGAGGAAAGUACUUCAAGUUUGUGAAGAUUAUCCUGAUAAGUUUGGAGAAGUAAAAGCUUCUGUUGAAAGGUUUCUUUUAUCAGACAGAGCCUGUGAAAAGUAUCAAGAUCAAUAAUUGACUUUUAUCAUUAGUCUUAUAGUCUAUAUCAAGAGUGCUGUAGUCUUAGAUAGUUUUGCUCAGUUUUUGACAUGCAUACACUGAAUUUGUCCUUUUUAAUCCAUUUGAAAUUUAAUUAUUUAUUUUUGUUUAUUGUUUGUAACAAGAUUUUUGAAGAUUGUUUAA